AUGUCUCAAAAUUCAUAUGGAUCCGAGUCUAAUUCUUCAUCAUCCACCGAUAGUGAAGAUGGUGAUGACACUAAUGAUUUAGAAGUUAAAAUUAUUUCAUCCAUUGUUCAACGAAGCCAUGAGUUACUUCAAGCAUAUCAACAUGAAAUUGAAGUUCGUAGAAGAAGAAGGUUCAUCCAGAGAAAUCGUGAAGUUAGGCAUGACAAACUUCAAAACAUUGAUGCAGUAGGAAGACAAAGUUUGUCACCACUUAAAAAAUGCACAACAGCUAUUCGUCAGUUGGCUUAUGGAGUUCCAGCUGACCACCUUGAUGAGUAUUCAUCAAUGUUCAAAGACUCCUCCAAAUGCAUGAAGAAAAUCACGGUUUUUCGACUAUGCUUGGAAGCCUUGAUUAGGGUAUGGGUGCUUCACACGAUUUGGGGAUAUGGCAUGCCUUUUUUAGUGUUGCAGGAUCACGAUAUGGAAAGAGCAUUUGGGGAGCUUCAGUCUCGAUGGGCAAUUGUAAAAGUAACACAUUGGCACAAUGACGAGGAUGAAGAGCCCGCACAACCUGUUCAGGAUUCAAAUCGAGAAUUUCAAAAUUAUAUUCGUAGAAGUUAA